GCCGUCCCAGCCACGCGGAAACACUAGGUUUAAAAAUAAAUCAGGGAAAGGGCGAAAGGUAGACAGACAGAGAGAGAGAGAGAGAGAGGUGGGAUCCAAAUGGGGAAGAGAAGCAAGGUUUGUGUCACAGGAGCUUCAGGCUUUCUCGGGUCUUGGCUUGUCCAGAAGCUCCUAAAGAAAGGCCAUGUCGUUCAUGCUACUCUAAGGAACUUGGAAGAUAAGUCGAAGACGCAGCUCUUGAAGAGCCUCCCUGGAGCGGACACCAGGCUGCAACUCUUUGAGGCUGAACUUUACGAUCCCCUCACGUUCGAGGCAGCGAUCCAAGGGUGUGAGUUCGUCUUCCUCCUUGCCACUCCCUUGCAACACAAUACCAACAACACUCAGUACAAAGAUACAACAGAAGCUGCAGUAGCUGCAGUCCGGAGCAUCCUGCAAUCAUGUGAACGAUCUGGGACUGUGAAGCGAGUCAUCUACACGGGUUCUGUCACAGCUGCAUCGCCUUUGAAGGACGACGGAACCGGUUUUAAAGAUUUCAUUGAUGAAUCCUGCUGGACGCCACUCCAUCUCCCAUUUGCUUUCUGUGAAGAUUUUGAGAAGGCUUACGUAUGUUCGAAGACAGAGUCAGAGAAAGAAGCACUGAGCUACAACUGUAAAGAAGGGAAGAAGGAAUUUGAGGUGGUGAGCCUAGCUUGCGCCCUAGUUGGAGGAGAUACGCUUCUUCCCUCCAUGUCAUUGAGCGCACGAUGUAUGAUAUCGCCACUAACCGGCGAGAAGAUGAGUUAUAGACAGCUAAAGUUCCUACAGGCAUUGGUUGGCUCGGUACCCUUGGUGCACAUUGAAGACGUUUGCGAAGCCCAUACUUUCUGCAUGGAGAAGCCUUCAAUGGCCGGUAGGUUCCUCGUGGCAAGCGCAUACCCGACGAUGCAAGAGCUUGUAGACUACUACACGAAAAGUUACCCUGAGCUUAGAGUGAUCCAAAAGGUGGAGGGAGAUGGGCAUGGUGUUGGGUGUAGAUCUACAAAGCUGGCUGAUUUGGGGUUCGAGUACCGGUAUGAUUCUAAGCAGAUGCUGUACGAGAGUGUUGAAUCUGCAAGGAGAUUGGGACAGCUUGAAGAGCUAGCUUAGUCCCUGCCAAGAAAGAAAAGAACUAGUCUAGGAUAUGGUGGUGAUCAUCUAUCUACCAUAACUUCACAAAAUGUGGACAAUUAAAGGGGACAGAAUUGUUCAGAGUAGUACUAUAUUGGUCUACACAAUUCUGAUCUUAAAUAUCUAUGAUAGCACAAAUAUGAUGGCAUGAUUGCUUGUGGGCUUAA